GGGGGCGCUGACCCGGAUGUUCACUCCUGGGCACCCGGGGAAGUGGAAGCGCCGGGCCCUGCUGCGGGGGGGAGAGCCAGAGACGCCGGGACCGGGACCGCCGCCGCCGCCGCCACCAUGAGUGAUCAGCAGCUGGACUGUGCCUUGGACUUAAUGAGGCGCCUGCCUCCGCAGCAAAUCGAGAAGAACCUCAGCGACCUGAUCGACCUGGUCCCCAGUCUAUGUGAAGAUCUCCUGUCUUCUGUUGACCAGCCACUGAAAAUUGCCAGAGACAAGGUGGUGGGAAAGGAUUACCUUUUGUGCGACUACAACAGAGAUGGGGACUCCUAUAGGUCACCAUGGAGUAACAAGUAUGACCCUCCUUUGGAAGAUGGGGCCAUGCCUUCUGCUCGGCUGAGGAAGCUGGAGGUGGAAGCCAACAACGCCUUUGACCAGUAUCGAGACCUGUAUUUUGAAGGUGGUGUGUCAUCUGUCUACCUCUGGGAUCUGGAUCAUGGCUUUGCUGGAGUGAUCCUCAUAAAGAAGGCUGGAGAUGGCUCAAAGAAGAUCAAGGGCUGCUGGGAUUCCAUCCACGUGGUAGAAGUGCAGGAGAAAUCCAGUGGCCGCACCGCCCAUUACAAGCUGACCUCCACGGUGAUGCUGUGGCUGCAAACCAACAAGUCCGGCUCCGGCACCAUGAACCUCGGAGGCAGCCUCACCAGACAGAUGGAGAAGGAUGAGACUGUGAGCGACUGCUCCCCACACAUAGCCAACAUCGGGCGCCUGGUAGAGGACAUGGAAAAUAAAAUCAGAAGUACGCUGAACGAGAUCUACUUUGGAAAAACGAAGGACAUCGUCAAUGGCCUGAGAUCUGUUGACGUUAUCCCCGACAACCCCAAGUUUCAGCAGUUGCAGAGGGAGCUUUCCCAAGUGCUGACCCAGCGCCAGAUCCACAUCCAGCCUGAUAAUUAAGCCGAUCCAGGUCUGUGCAGACUUUUGCAGACAAAUCAAAACAAGAAGCUCUUAAGAACGACCUGGUGGAGGCUUUGAAGAGAAAGCAGCAGUGUUAAACCUCUGCUUCCGCUAACGGACACGCCGUGCGCUCGUUAGGUUCCUUUCUUAGAAACUCGUUUCUGCUCCCUCCCUCGUCCCCUCCCUCCCUGACAGGUCACAUAACAACUUGCAUCACCGACCAACCGCACAGCGCCAUCUCUCCCCAAGAAUAAAGCCCCAUAAACGCCCUUCUCUGUCUCUGAGGCCUACUUCCCACCACGUUUUGCUACCCAAACUCUCGAUGUUUCCAUGGAGACCGUGUGUUUUUUGUUUGCCCCAGCCCCCCGUCUCUCCCACCCACCCAUUUAGAAGCAUAAAAUACACUGUCUGUCUGCCUCCCCUUCCCUCCCACCUUUUUGUUACAUUGGUGUAAAAAAUGUAAAACAAAAAAAUUUUAUGAAAUAACUGUGGUGUGUGAAAGAUAGAAGAAAAACUGGAAAUCUGAUUCCACGUGUGUUUGGGAGUUGCUUGGGGUUGGGGGUUGAGGGGGACAGGGGACAGCUCUGGGAGAAAGGAGAGGUGGCCCUCAGCGUUGUCCUGCAGACUGGCCCCUGUCCCGCGGAGACCGCGUUGUGGGGGUGCGGGGUGGGGCCUGCUGACCGUUCUGCUCUUCUGGCCAGGUGCUUUUCUGUCAAUUUUUAUGGAAUGCAAAAGGAGUUUUUUGUUUUAUUUUGUUUUUUUGUAAAGCUUAAAAACAAAUCUACAUCUUAUACUUGAGCUUCCAUACUUAAAAAAAAAAGGAAAAAAAGAACAAAAAAAAUAAAUAAAAAGAAACUGGGACGCAGUUA